UAAUCUAAAAUGUGCUUGGCGUAUUUUUUAUUUAAAGAAAAGGAGAAUACGAGGUUAAAAAUAAAAUGGCAGGGUGAAAGGAAGAUUAGAUACCAAUUUUUCAUCUUUAGUGAAACCUGCCAUGCUGUGUUCCCAUUGUCCCAUCUUUAAAAUUAAAUAAAUAAAUAAGACAAACACCGAAUACAAAAAGAGAAGACAUGUGUGAAAGUGCCCAAAAAUUUCUAAAAUAGCUAUAGUCCGAUGAAUGUAUUACUGUACCAUUAUGUUAACAAAACAACACAUGAAGCCUCUGGAACAUGUUGGAAAACUCUUGCACCUCCUUCACGUAUUCCAAAUUAAGGUAGAACUUUCUUCAUUUCUCUACACUGACACUCUCUCUUUUCGCUCUGCAUGCUGUAUAUAUGUACUUAUGUCACAGCGUGCUCGAAGGCAUAACAUUUCAGUACCAUACUCCAACCAAGUUGCCACCAUUAUCCAUCAUUGUCUACCACUACUUGUUCCCUUAGUAAUAUCAAUGAGGCUACAACACCUCAACUUGUUCUUUUUGUUGCUCUUUGUUGCCAAAGCAAAUGGGUCUCUGCUCCCAUUCAUAGAUCCUCCCAGCACUCUCUUGACCGAUCUGUGGUCUGAUCGCUUCCCUGACCCAUUUCGCGUGCUGGAACAAAUUCCAUUUGGGAUUGAGAAAGAUGAAGCAUCCACGGCCAUGUCACCUGCUAGAGUGGACUGGAAGGAGACCCCAGAGGGGCAUGUUAUAAUGAUUGAUGUGCCGGGGUUGAAGAGAGAAGAGAUAAAGAUAGAGGUGGAAGAGAAUAGGGUGCUGAGGGUGAGUGGUGAAAGGAAGAGGGAGGAGGAGAAGAAGGGGGAUCACUGGCACAGAGUGGAGAGGUCCUGUGGCAAGUUCUGGAGGCAGUUCAGGUUGCCACAAAAUGUGGACUUGGAUAGUGUCAAGGCUAGGCUGGAGAAUGGGGUGCUUAGUUUGACACUUGAUAAGUUGUCACCUGAUAAGAUCAAGGGUCCCAGGGUGGUGAGCAUUGCUGGGGAGGAUCACCAACAAGCCAGGCUCAACAGUGAUGGGGCCACUGCCAAGCAGGAGCUUUGAAUUAGUUGGUGCUGGUGCAUGAUCAUGUUGGUUCCUCUGAGUAUCACUUCAUGAUGAUCACUGGUAGAAAGGGAAAACGCUUUGUAAUACUCUGUUUGAAUUGUGAAUAAAAGGGUUCCACCAAGACCUUUGGUGGAGUGGGUUACUCACUUGUUAAUCUUUGCUGAUGAUGAGUGUGUCCAGUAAUGUACAAGCUUUCCUAAGUAUCCUAAUCUAUGAGGAGUUUUCUUAUUGUAUA